AGUCGGUCACGGAGUCAUCAAAUCCCAGGACACAAACAUGAACACUCUGGCAGUUUUCCUUAUUGCAGUGGUUGCCGUAGCGACGGCCGCCCCGUCCGCCAUUCUGGUUGAUGAGGAUCCCGAACCGGUGGCGACAGUUACAACCUGUGGUGGAUUAGUUAACACGUCCUCGGCCGCAAUUAACUUCCAACUGGGAGAAUCAAUUCCAGCUGGACAGGUCUGUCUCUGGACGGUGCAAGCCCCCUAUGACGCAAUCCGUUUCACCCUUAAGGAAUCCGGCCUAGGCAUGGGUGAUAGUCUCAAAUUGACUCGAUUCAUCGGUGCUGUUCCGGGAUAUCAAUACAAUGUGACCGAAGUUGGUGCUAACUAUACGUAUUCCGCGGGCACCGUCCUGGUCACCUUGGUAACUGGGGCGAGCGCGAGCAGUGGCUUCAGCCUAGAGAUGUACUCCAGUGGCGACCUUGACGCCGGUGGUGGCGGCUUUACACAUUAUGAGACUUUCCAGGCAGCAACCGGAGCUACAGCUUAUCCAGGAAACGGGCAGCCGUACAUGGACGACGAAGUCGCCGUGUUCAUCGUCAGCCCCUCCGAAUCAGGCAGUCGCACCUUGACCUUCACCGGCAUGGAUGUGGAAGACAGCACGGGCUGCAUCUACGAUUCAGUCGAAGUCUUCAGCUGGUCCGUGUCUAUGGACCAUUUACACUCAGAAGCACGAGUUUGUGGAUCGGCCCUUCCACCUCCGAUCAUGUUAGAGACAGGUCUGGGGGUUAUCAUUUUCAAAACUGACUCAUCAGUUACACAAGGAGGCUUUGCAUUCAACUGGAUGUAAAAAUAUUUAAUUUUGGAUGAACCUCCAUAUUUAUGUUUCUUCAAAAGAUUUUACACUGAAGUAUUUUUCUUUGGAAAUAAAUAUGAACAUUAACUAAAACCGAG